CUCAACCGAGGAAGUAGCGCCAGUCCAUAUGUCGGAGCUGCGAGACCCUGAAUCAAGGACACGGCUCAUCCAGAUGUUAGAGCUGCAAGAACCUGAACCAAGGUCACCACAUGGGAUAAAACAAACCAAGAAGCCUACACGUCAUAAGACAUCGUCCCACAUUGUGUUGAAAGAAGAAACCAGAAUGUUGGGGGCUGCCCAAGUAAUGAUUGGUCUGAUCCACUGUGCUCUGGGAUAUUUCUGGAUAUACUUAUAUGUCAGAGAAUUUGAUUCAGUUUCAAUAAAUUACCUGCCUUUAUCGUUGAUGUCAGGAUACCCAUUUUGGGCAUUCUUGAUUUUUAUCAUAUCAGGAAUUUUUGCAAUAGAAGCAGAGAAGACACGUUCCCCAAAAUUGUUGAGGUGCACCAUAAGGGCAAAUACCUACAGUUCUACCCUUGCAAUGAUUGGCCUAUUUCUAAUUGGAUUUGAAAUUACAUUCUUUUUAGUGAAACGAGAAAAAAUUGUAUGGAUCCAGCAAAGUGGAAUGAUGCUUUCUGGGUAUUUGUGGCUAUUCUCCUUGUUGGAGCUCUUCCUGGCAAAUAUAGUGAACAGUUGGAUGAACCAAGCAUUUUAUCAUGGCAGUAAUCUCAUAUAAUGUUCAUGAGGCAAGAGAAUGCUUUUAUUACAUGUUGAAGAACAGAACCAUCAUGGCCUCAGCCCAGAACGAAAAUUUUAAUGGUUAAUGAAGGAAGAGCAUCAUCAUUUUGUUCAGGCAACUUUCUAGAAACACAUUUUUGUAAAGUUUGUCCCAAUGUUUCU